CAGCCUUCCUCACCUCGCCCCCUGCAGACACUGCUCGGACUGCGUCCACCCAUAGGAAAGCAGCCAUGGCGACGCUCUACGUCAUCCUAGGCAUUGACAAGGAUGCAACGCAGCAGGAGAUCAAGCAAGCGUAUAAAAAAGCAGCCCUCAAGACGCACCCAGAUCGUGCUCUGCCCGAACGCAAGCCCGAGGCUGAAGCCGCAUUCAAACGCAUUGCCGAAGCGUACGAGGUUUUGGGCGACCCGGGCUCGCGAAGGCGCUACGAUCGAGACACUCUCGUCUCUUCGCCGGCCUCUUCGUCCUCGAGUGACAACUUCUACUUUGGCACGUCGCCCGACUCGAAGCCCUUCACGUUCCAGUGGGAGUCUGGUCACGACUCUGCACGCCGCUUCGCAAGCUCUCGGCGGCCUGGAGGCUCGGCACAUGGACAACAGCAGAGGCACCCGUUUGGCUUCGCCAUGGGUGGCGAUCGUUUCGGCGCCGGAAUGGCCUCAUCGACCGAUCCAUUUGAGCUGUUCAACCACAUGUUCCAAGCUGACUUUGCCUCGGGCUCGCUGAGUCAAAGCAUCGCAGACGACCCUUUCUUUGCGAACCAUCGAAGGAUGGCCGAUACCAAUGGUUUCGGCUUUGGCAUGGCUCCUUCGAGGAGAGAGACGGCAGAUCCGAUGAUGUCGAUGACGAGCCCCUUCUUCGGCGGAGCAGAGGACCCCUUUACGUCGGCGUUCGGCCCAUCGAUGAUGAGCAACUCUUCCUCGGCCUUUUCCAGCCGCGGUGGAUCUUCGUCUUCAACGAUGCAGAGCUUCUCGAGCAGUAGCAGCAGCAGUGGAGUACGAGGGGGAAUGAUGGCUGCGUCCGAGAGUCGAUCGACGAGGACGGUAAAUGGCAAGACGGAGUCGCACUACCGUCGAGUAGAUCCUGACGGUACCGAGACGGUUCAUGUCAAGUCGCAAGACGGCGAGAAAGUCUUCGUUGAUGGGGUGCAGCAAACCUCUCAUCCCCUUUUGACUUCAGGCAACAAUGGCGCUCAGCCCCUUCCGAUCGGCGCGCGGCGCUGAGCCUUCUUGCGUCCACUGGCCAGUGCACUCACUGCGUGUGACGUGCUAUGCAACAGCAGCAG